CUCAUUGAAUGAGCUAAGGAAUGCCACUAGGAAUUUUUGCCCUGACAGUCUUCUCGGCGAGGGAGGAUUUGGCUAUGUUUUCAAAGGCUGGAUUAAUGAAACCUACAGCAGCAAAACCAGGGUCAGGAAUGGUUGUAGCUGUCAAGAAGCUCAAACCUAAAGGUUUCCAAGGUCACCAGGAAUGGUUGACAGAAGUCAACUAUCUUGGCCAACUCCAUCAUCCAAAUCUUGUUAAGCUUAUUGGGUACUGUUUGGAAGGUGAAAACCGGCUAUUGGUGUAUGAGUUCAUGCCAAAAGGGAGCUUAGUGAAUCAUCUUCGCAGCGCUGGAAAACACCAUAAUCGGUGA